GUGUGUGUCUGUGUGCUAAAGGUUUCAAAGAAAAGCUAUGAGAAACUGAUUUAAAUCUAGUAGUGGAUCAAUUUGAUACUUCUGCAUUAUCUUUAUUUAAUUUACUCUGUUCUGUUUGGUACUGCAUAUUCAAGAGUUUUAUCAGCUUGCAAUUAUUGAUUUCUCUUUAGUUCAAUAAAUUAAUGGAUUAUUCCAUACAAAACUAUGAAAUAAUAAUCAACAAAACAUUAAAAAAAAAAACGUACUAGAACAUUAUGACAAAUGAUUCUUACCUUAUUCUACUUGUUGAAGAACUUCCCCAUGGAAUGAAAUUGAAACAAGUACGAGACGUAUGUCAAAAGCUUUAGCAGGUUUGUGCCUGGAAUCCUUAAAAAUUUGUCACUGAGAUAAAGAAUUCUAGGUAAAAAAUAGACUAAAUCAUAGAAAACAUCCAUGCAUUCGGCCAAAAAUUUAUUUUCAUGUCAUACAUUUUCAAACGCACAUUUUUGCCCUAUUUCAACUAUGUGAUUUUUUCAACUAUGCGAUUUUUCGACUUUUUAAAUUUGGACAUAAAUAGUCGAAAAAUCGAUUUUUUCGGACAAAAUGGGACGAAGAUGUACUUUUUAAAAUACAUAGGACGAAAAUGAUUUUUGGCUCAAAUGUAUGGGAUGUUUUAUGAUUUAGUCUAAAACAUAAAUUCCUCAUCCCCAAAGAGAGAACAAAAAAAGAAUAAAAAUUAGAAGAAACCUCUAAACUCUGAAGUCAACUCUGUAAACCAGUUGAAGUCGUCCGCCAUCUCCGUCGAAGUCAUCACUUUCAUUCAUCGAAGUGCCGAACUUUGCCGACAUUUUUGCAUGUGAAUGCUUUGACUUAUCUCCAUUUUUUUUGGCCCACCUAAAAAAUUCUCAAUAAUGGACACAAUGAUGGCCAAAAAAAUCUGAUCUUUUUAUGCCAUACAGUUCACAUUUGUGUGAAACUGAAACAGAUAAUGAGAAAAAGACUCAAGUGAGUAUCGGCCAUUGAAGUGGAUAGGUAUGUAGUUUUGUGUUCUGGGUUCAUUCAAACCUAGUUCAUUUACUACAUAUUCUCAUUAAUUAGUUAAACAAGAAGAAGAAGAAGAAGAUGGCCUCUGACCUGAUUACCUGUAUUGGUUCUGCAGUGGAUGAUCUGCAGUUCCUGGUGGACUCGGGUGUUGCUAAUUUAAAUUCGGGAAUCAAGUUGCUGAUGUUCAAGUUAAGGAAUAUUAGAACAUUUCUUUUCUCCGCCAAGAUCUUGAGCAAUGACGAUCCAACUCUCGGAUCUCUUUUGCUAGCCAUUGAAGAUUUUGUUUGUGACAUUGGGAAACGGUUUCACACCGCGUGCCUUUUUCUGUGUGGUGAAGCUACUAGUGAGCAAUUUCAUACCGAUUUUCUUGAGCCUGAUUCAGAGGCCGGGUUCGGGGAAGAUUUUACAACUUGGGACGAACAAAUAAGUGAAUUCUAUGUCGUUAUCUUGGAGGAUAUCCAGAGGCAAUCAUUCCGUCUCACGGCGGAUUCAGUUUCGAGUAUCAUGGUUUCUGUACUUCAGAAUCUAGAGGCGUUCCACAGCUUGGAAUGGGAGGUUAAUGGUGAAAUUCUAGGAGAACCCAUGAAAGCCUUGGAAGAGCAGAUGAAGUUGUUGAGAAAUCUCGCCUCCUUUGUGUCGCGUGCUGUUGAUUCCGAUGCUUGUAAAGAUUUAUGUGCUCAUGUUGAAGUUAUUUCUAUCAAUGCUGCAUUUCUCCUUUUCAGGUGUGAUCCUGAAGAGUGUGAUGAAAGUAUUUGUUGCGAAAUGCUGUUAUCGAUUUCGGUGUUGAUACAGCGUAUCAUGCCCGUUGAUCCUCAGGUCUAUAAGACUUACACUGAGGUCCUGAAUAGCUCAAAGUCAGGGAGGAGAUCUCUUGCUCCUGCUGAUCGAGACGUGGGCGAAGAGGAGAUUUAUGCAAGACAAUUCCUUGAAUCUCUCAUGUCUAAUGUUUUGGAGAUGCCACAACUCUGUGCUCAUGCAGUUUCUAUGCUGGAUCAAUUCCAAGAACUUUAUGACGGACUUGGAUCCUUGAGAACCAUUCUUUCUCACCAGCCAAACAAGUUUGAUUUGGAAACUAAAGACCACAUUUUCGAUCUGGUAUGUGAUGCCGCGGUUUUGAUUUUCACAUCACACCAAACUCAUGUAAUAACAGAUCAUGAACUUCAGCAUUUGUUGAACGCAAUCAGCAGGCUGAUUGCUGCUGAGCUGAGGGAAGAAAGUGCGACACCAGAAUCAAUGUUCAACAUUGUUCCAACCACUGCUCCAUUGUCUUUUGUUGAUUUUUUGUUGGAAAAGCUGGAGGAGCUGACAAGUUGUGAAGCUGAAACAAAUUCAAGGGGAUAUCCCCAAAUUAUUAAAGAUGAACUUGUCUUCUUGAGAUCUUUCAUAGGAGAUAUUGCUGAGCUACGACAUGAAAAGGAGGAGCUCCAAACUCUGUGGGAUCAUACUAUGGAGCUGGUUUACAAGGUAGAGCAUCUCAUUGACUACCUAGUAGUUUGUGAUCUUUCAGAUUCCUUUGUAGCAUCAUUUGAUUCCAUCAUGAAACUUUUCGGGAGCAUUAAGAUGGAAGUUGAAAUCUGGAAAUCAGAAAUAACUCUCCAGAGAUUAACCAUGACUCACUGUCCUGUGCCACCUCAAAGAACUCUAUCAUUAGAUAAUGAUGUUGUAGGCUUUCUUGACGAAGCGGAAUCCAUCACAAACAGGCUCACACGGGGCUCGAAGAAAUUACAAAUCGUGGCUAUUGUAGGUAUGCCGGGACAAGGUAAGACUACUUUGGCAACAAAAAUUUACAAUAAUGAUUCUGUCGCGUGCCAUUUUGCUGUUCGUGCUCGGGCCACUGUUUCACAAAUAUUCGAAAAAAAGAGAAUCCUACUUGAAAUUUUAAAUCAAAUUGAUCCCAAUAAAUGUGCUGGAAUCACUUCGGAUAAUGAUUUAGUACAGAUUGUGUGGCGCAGUUUAAGAGGAAUGAGAUAUCUCAUUUUUUUGGAUGACAUUUGGGAAGCUGAAGCAUUGAGUAGCUUGAAAGAAGCUUUCCCUGAUGAUCAUAUGGCAAGUAGAAUCAUGCUGACAAGUCGUCAUCAUGAUAUUUCCACCAAUGCAGAACCUCACAUGCUUAGGCCAUUCAAUGAAGACGAGAGUAUGGAUUUGUUACAGAGGAAGUUAUUUGGUGGAAGUGGUUGGCCCAUUGAAUUAGUUGAUCUUGGAAUAGAAAUUACUGAAAUUUGCAAGGGAUUACCUCUGACGAUCGUAAUUGUAGCUGGUGUUCUAGCAUCGACAGAGACAAAAGGUUGGAGGACGAUUUUAGGUGGUUUAAGAUCAGGAACAAUCUCGAGUACAGAACAGUGCUGGAACACAUUGGAGUUGAGUUACAAGCAUUUACCAGAGCACUUAAGGCCUUGCCUUCUGUAUUUUGCAAUGUUUCCUGAAGAUGAAGAUGUUUCAGUGAGGAAAUUGAUUUCUCUAUGGGCAGCUGAAGGAUUUAUCCGGAAAGAUGAGACUAAACGCAUUGAAGACGUUGCUGAAAACUACUUGAAAGAUUUAAUCGGUAGAAGUCUACUUAUGGUUGCGCAACAGAAAUCAAUGCGUGGAGCAAAAACAUGCCGUGUUCAUGACUUGCUUCAUGAAUUUUGCUUGCAGAAGGCGAAAGAUGAACAUUUUUUCUCUUCACUUGGAGAAAAUGAGUUCUUGGAAUUUCAAGCACCACACAAUCUACGCAGGUUAUGCAUUAACUCUGAUCCGAAGCAUUUGAUAAGGUUCUCCAACUUUUUCCCUCAUGCGCGUUCUCUGCGUUUCAGCUAUUACUUGCAUCGAGUACCACAAAAUCUAUCCUUCCUGAUUCACAUUUGCAAACUUCUGAGAGUAUUGGAUUUAGGGCAUGUGAAUUUAAGUCCAGUGUUUCCAAGUGAAAUAGGAGAUCUUGUACAGUUGGCCUUCUUGGCCAUUCAAGGCCAUAUGAGGGAGAUUCCAUCAUUGAUAGGUAAUCUCUCUAAUCUGGAAACUUUCAUUUUGAAUCGAAUAACAGGAGAGAAGGCAAUCUCAUUUCCAGAAAGUUUCUGGAAUCUACGGAAAUUGAGGCAUCUUUACGUGACAAGUCCAGGCGGUACUUUUCCCAUGGAAAAUCUUGGCAGCUCGUCUAAUUUGUGUGGGUUGGGUUGGCUUUCAGGCUUAGCUAUUCCGUUCAGGGGUAACAGAAUGGAAGGUUUAAUGAAAAAGUUUCCAAAUGUCCGUAAGUUGAAAUGCAUCCUUUGGGAUAUCGAUGAAAAAGUAGGAGAUUAUAUCAAGGUUGCAGUUCCUGAGUUUUUAAGCCGAUUAGAAUCACUUGGUAUGUCAUUGUUCUAUGGUAUUGAAGAACCUCAAGGCAUUAGGUUUGAGUUCAGUUUGCCUGCAAAUCUCAAGAAAUUGACGUUGUUAAGGUUUCAUUUGUCGAGUGAGAGUCUCUUGACCAUUGCAAACCUGUCAAAUCUUGAAGUCCUGAAAUUAAAAGCUGUAAGCUUCGAAAAUGACACAUGGAAAAUGCAAGAAGAGAAAUUCCCCAAACUGAGAUUCUUGCAAUUGUCAUCCUGGAAGCUACACUGGUGGAGUGCUUCAGAGGAUCAUUUCGACUGUCUUGAGAGGUUGGUGUUGACGAGUUGUGGAUUUUUGAAAGAGAUGCCUUCUUGUUUGGAAGAGAUUUCGACACUUGAGGUGAUACAGGUCGCACGUUGUUCUGCAACUGUAGUAGAGCUGGUUGGAAGGAUUAAGGAAGUCCAGGAGGAACACGGAAAUUCAGAGCUGAAGAUCAUUACUUCCUGAUCUAGUUGUGUUAGUCACUGCCACUCUUUGGGUAUAUAUCUUUGAGCAUAUUUGUAUGGUUUUCCUUCUACUUUUGGGAUUACUUAGUUAAAUGUAUUCAGUGAAAGACAACAUGUGAUUCCAAACAAAUCUUACUUUCAAACAAUUCUGGUUAUAAUACUAUAAUGCAUUCAUGAUGGCAUUGUGUUGGUAAAAGUUAAAUUGAGUACGCAUGAUCUGCCCAUAGUGAUAGCUUCGGCUCUUGUUGAUGAAAGUUAAUUGCAGAACUAGGAAUUAAUUUAUAUUCCAUCUCAUUUUCUGAACAAUUCUUUGAGAUAAACUGAACUACAAAUUAUUACUCCUAAUAUUAUCAAUGCUGUGCAGCCCUUGAAGUUGACAUUUACUCCACUGUCCUCAUUUUUGUGAUGCAAACUAUCUGUAUAGCUUUUUGAGGCUGGAAGAGGCUUCAUAUUGUCCUGGAUUAGCAUCAAGUGCUUGUCAGCAUUUUUUAUCACCUGUGAAUGGAAUCUUACGUUUAUAACUCACUUAUCUGUUGGAAGGGUUUAACUGAUAUUUUCAGGUCUGGUGGUACUUUGCCCAUGGCAAAUCUUUGCAGUUCGUCUGGUUUGUAUGAGUGGGUUUGGCUUUGUGGCCUAGCUACAUAGAAGUGUUAAUGAAAAUGUUUCCAAAUGUCCGUAAGAUGAAAUGCAUCCUUUUGGAUUUUCAUGACAAAGAAAAUCAUGUGAAAAUUAUUUGAAUCUUUCGCCGUGGUUAAUUAAGAAGCUUAUAGAGUGACAAAGAUAGAACUUCUGCUUAUAGAGUGAACCUGCCAGCCAUGAAUGAACGAACUCCCCCCCAUCAGACACUAUACUGCUCAUGAGUUAGUUGUCUUUCCCAUGGAAUCGAUACUGUAUACUCCUGGCUCCACUGGUUCAUUCAGACUGCUAACUGCUGACUUUGUUCUUUGUUGUGUUUACUAAAAUUUUUCUUUAAUUGAUUCUUUUACAGCCCUGAUUGCUUUCGUAAGCAAUCUUCUGCUUUAACUCUGCCAUUGAGAUUACUCGCCGGUCCCCUAACAACUUGUUUCCUUUUCAGUUUUUCGGUGCCUUGCUUUUCACUUCUAGUCUUCUUCUUUUCCCUUUCGCAAUUCAGAAAUUUCACCUUCAUCAACUUAUUGCCCUUCACUAUCACCCGAAUUUUCUUAAACCUGUCUCUCUGUUGCUUUCCAUUCAUAUAACCUGUCUUUAAAAUUGUUGGCUAGUGCACUUCAGGUUCCAGAAAAAUAUUCCUGACUAAACAAGAUAGCUUCCACCCACAUGACCUGCAUUUGUUCUGAAGUAGAUGCAGGAAGUUUUGUUGAUUCAGACAUGGAGUUGCUGUUAUUCGGGUUAAGGAAUCUUGUGAUAUUUCAUCUUUUAGCAAAAAGGUUGAGGAAGGAUCCAAGUCUUAGAUCUUUCUGAACAUGCAGAACAUUCGGCAAACUACCCAAGUAAUUCUUGCCAAUGUGACAUGCCAGAGAAGAUCUGCAUUCAGUGUUGUUGACAUUUUAUUUUUAUUUUGUAGGAUGGAUUCUCAGGUCCCCUCGAUGACCAGAAUUGAAAUCAUGAGUUGGAGAAGAGGAGCAACGGAAGUUACAUUGACUACUAGUUAAAGAUAUACACUGCGAUUUCUUGAAGUUCUUGAAUGCAGCAUAGUAUUUUGGUUUCUUCAAGCACAAUAAAGUGCAGGCCAAUGUUUUAGAGCCGUUUGUGUAAGGGUUUGUGUGUUGUAGCCUUCAGAGGCAUUUGGAUUAUGUUGCAUUAAGUAGAAUGAAAUGCUUUAAGUCAUACAAAACUUAAAUUUGCAUACUCCCUGGUGAGGCCUGAGAGAUUGUUCAGUCUCACUCCAGAAAAUAAAUACAUAAUGCUAUGAAUCUUUC